AUGGCGCCCGCACGCCAACCGCCCCAGCCCUUCUCCAAGGAUGAGAAGGUUCUCUGUUUCCAUGGUGAGAUGCUGUAUGAGGCCAAGAUUCUCGACAUCCAGCCUGCCGAGAGUGGCGAAGGAUUUCAGUAUCGCAUUCACUACAAGGGCUGGAAGAACACCUGGGACGACUGGGUUUCUAUCGAUCGCAUCCGCAAGUUCACAGAGGAGAAUAAGGAGCUUGCUAGCCAGCUGCACGCCCAGAUGAAGGACCUACGCCAGAAGAGCAGCGCCAAACCCCCCAAGAAGGGCAAUCUUCGUGUCAACGGGACCGACUCAGCUCGUGGUAGUGAGGAACGAACUGCAGGUGUUGCUGCCACGGGCCGCGGCCCUCGACGGGCAAGAGAUUUUGACCUCGAGCAGGUGAGUGCCAAAACCGAGUUUCUUUGUGUUCUGCUUUCUGUUCUAUGUCUGUUUCAAUUUUGGUUUCUUCCGGCAUGUCAUUGUGGUGGCCUCAAAGUAGAGGCUCAUUGUGAAGUGAGCUUGAAACAAACUCCGAAAGACGCGGAGGAGGAAGGAAACGAUAGGGGGUGAAUGCCCUCAUCCAUGUGGGGCCAUCAGAAAAGCUGGUCACCGAAUACUUCCCGGCCUCGUCACUGCCGGGUGGCCGGUAUUCAUCUGGUCGAAGGCAAGAGCGUGGUGUUAAAUGCCGCCCAUUGAAGCACCUGCCGAAAAGAAAACUUCACCUUCCUGCCUCGAAAAGUCUUCACUGGUCAGACUUGCUCUCAACACCAUCCCUUUCUCCGAU